GGACAAAUUGGCAACACUGGUCACUAGUUUUGCAUAAUAUUUAGUAUAAGUCAAGUUUAAAGAAUGUCUUGUUUUCGGUUAGCGACUGCCAACGCUCUUCCCGCUGGCAGCGGAACCCGAGCUUUGCGUUUGCUUGCCAAUGGAUCUCACAGAGAACUGGCAUUCGCUCGACGCCAGUUUGCAAAAGCGGUGGAAGGCGGCAGCGGUCCAAAAAAAUCCAAUGGAACUUUCAAGUUGGGGCUGCUUGGGGCCGUGGUAGGAGCGGCCACAGGAUCUGUAUACACCUUUUACACUCGCUGGACGGACGGAAACUCGCACAAGGAACACGAGGAGACAAAACCAACGCGCGUGGACGGGUUGCCGUCAGGUGUGCGGAUAACCAAGCGAUAUGUGAAUCCUAAGGACACUUCCGGCCUGGACAUUGUCCUGUUUCAGUUCCAGACAUGUCCCUUCUGCUGCAAGGUGCGAGCCUUCCUCGACUACAUGGGCAUAUCCUACUCUGUCGUCGAAGUGGACGCUGUUCUCAGACAGGACAUCCGUUGGUCGUCGGUAAAGAAAGUGCCCAUGGUACUCAUCCGACAGCAGGACGGUCGAUACGUGCAGAUGGUUGACUCCAGUGCUAUUGUAUCGCUGAUAGCCACCUAUCUACAGGACAAGCGCACAGACAUCGGUGAACUUGCCCAGUUUUAUCCACAUACCUCGUUCUUCGAUGAUGAUGGGAAAAAGAAGCUGGACAUAUUGAACAAAUAUUUCCUUAUGUAUCGCGACCACACGCCCAAAGGUGUAACCAAGGAGGCGGAGGAACUCGACCGCAAAUGGAGAACUUGGGCCGACAGCCACUUAGUUCACCUGAUCUCGCCAAAUUGCUACCAGACCAUAGGCGAGUCCUUGGAGACCUUCGAGUGGUUCUCGCAGGCCGGAGAGUGGGACGUGCAUUUUCCCAAAUGGGAGCGCGACAUGAUGGUCUAUUGUGGUGCCACGGCGAUGUGGGCCAUUGCCAAGAUACUGAAGCGGCGCCACGCCCUCACUGACGACGUACGGUCGCAUAUGUACGACGCUUUGGAUCAGUGGACUGCCGAGUUGAAAAAGCGAAACACCAAAUUCAUGGGCGGCAAGCAGCCGAGCCUGGCGGAUCUGUCCGUUUUUGGAGUGCUCAGCAGCAUGGAGGGCUGUCAAACGUUUAAGGACUCCCUACAAAACACCGGCAUUGGCAAGUGGUUUUAUGAUGUCAAGGCACUUGUGGAGAAGAACCGAGGACAGUUACAUAGGGAACGAAUCGAGGGUAUUGCAGCUGUAGCUUAGAGAAAGCCAUCUGCAUCACUUUUAUCCAAAGAUUGUUGAAAAUAACCGCUGUUCUAUAAAGUAUAUACCUUUUUUAAUCAAUAA